AUGGCUUCCAAUGUUCUUCUCACCGUCCUCCUCGUACUCGUUUCCAUAUCUCUAACUUCGGGUUCUUCUCGUCCCUCAAGAGAUGUUUUGGUUAAACAAGACGAUGUUGAAUCAUAUUCUAUGGCCUCGAGUCAGCAAGGAUCAUCGAUGCUUGAUGUGGAAGAUCUAGUGAAAGCUCGAAGUCUCCAAGCUCUACUCGCUGGCUCAAAAGUGGCUGGGAAUAAAGCUUCUAAGAGCACUUCAUCCGAGAGUUCAAAGAAGAAGAAACAUAAGAGUAAAACAGGAUCACUGGCUGUUUUAGCCCUUAUUGGAAUCAUAAUCGCAGCUAUUGUUGUUACUAUUAUCAUCAUCUGUGUUAUAUACUUUUUCUAUGUGAUGCACAAAACAAAAAAGGCUCAAAGUCUUGGACAAGAGAAAGCGAAUGGAUCGUCGAAGAAUCAGACUUCCAAAACAGAGGAUAUUGUCUAA